AUGAAAAUACGUCAAACAAAAGUUAAACCAAAAAUUAUUACUAUAACAGCUGAAAGAUUAUCAGAUCAUUCUCGUAUAACAUUUUCUAUGUCAUCUGAUAAAACAAUUGAAUAUUUACGUUCAUUAUUAAAUCAUCAUUUACCACCACAUACACCAAAUCAAUUUAAUUUAUAUUCAUUUCAACGUGGUGCACUUAUACAUUUUCAUCCAUCAUCAUUUAAAUUAGAUUAUUUUCCUGUUAUAUUUGAUCAAUCUGUUUUAUUAUUACAAAUGGAUGAUCGAAAUGUAAAUAAUAUGAACACACAUAGUAAUUAUAAAACAAAACAACAUAAACGUUCGUUAUUAAGUCAAUUUCUAUCGUCAAAAACUACCCGAAGUAGUACUAAUAACCAAUCAUCAUCGAAUAUCACAUGUCUAUCUAUAAUGAAACAAAUUUUUCGUCAACGUUCAAGAUCAAAUAGUAUCAAUACAGAUUAUCGAACGAAUAUAUUGACUUAUUAG